UUUCAUAUUAUGUGAGCUGCCCUCUACUGAUAACUACUCUGUACGUGCUGCUCAAACAUGAACUCCACAGCAGAUCUGUCUCCACAGUUGUGGCCAAAUGAAAGCUUCUUGUACAACAUGACGACUGAUGACACCGGCUCUAAUUACACGACUUCAGUAACAGGAGUAUUGGACAAAACUAUCAACAUACUCUCUGUAUGUAUGUUAUUCAUCACCAUGGUUACAUUUGGAUGCAGGAUGGAGGUGUCUAAGAUUAAGCAUCACAUAAUGAAACCUAAAGGGGUGGGGAUUGCGUUGUUGGCCCAGUACGGUGUCAUGCCUCUGACAUCAUUUUUGUUAACUAAGAUGUUCCAGCUGAAUGAAAUCCAGGCUGUGGUGGUUCUGAUCUGUGGCUGCGCUCCUGGAGGAAGUCUCUCCAACCUACUCGCCCGUCUUCUGCAGGGAGACAUGAACCUCAGCAUUGUGAUGACUACUUACUCCACGUUGCUGGGUCUGGGCAUGAUGCCUCUCAUGCUCUAUAUAUACUGUUGGGGUUUCCCUAACCUGGUGAAAGUCAUUCCCUACUUAAGAAUUGUUGGAUCACUGGUCAUAAUCAUCAUUGGUUCCAGUAUCGGCAUCCUCAUCAACCGUUACAGAUCGCGGCACACCAAGAUCAUUGAGAGGGUAGGCUUUGUUGUAAUGUUUGUUGCAGGUGUGGCAUUCUUCAUCUACAUAAAGUAUGUAGUCAAAGGCGACGUCGCGUCAGUGUUCUCUGCUCCCCUCCUGGCCAUCAGUGGUCUCUUGCCCCUCGUAGGCUACACCUUCGGAUACAUCAUCCCCGCACUCUUCAAACUCAACCAACAAGAGCGGAGGACCAUUGCUAUGGAAACUGGCUGUCAGAACAUCCUGUUGGGCGUGGCCAUUCUGAGGACAGGCUUUCACCAUGAGACAAUAGGUGCCCUGGCUCUCUUCCCCUUGGCCUUAAUUUGUUCACAGCUGAUCGAAGCGUCGUUGUUCAUCGUGGUGUUCAGGUGUCACCAAUGCUUCAAACGCAAAAAGAAAGACACGUACCAGCCAGCAAACACUGCAGAGCAGCCCGAGGUGGCCAUGACGGUUCGACCUCAAGACGCUGCAUGAUUUGUUUCUACCAGCGUGAACAAAUGGGAAACUCAAUCAGUAAAACCUUUUGUGCCAUAGAAUUCCUCAGAUUGGAUAUUUAAGAUUGUGAAUUGUUGGCAACUUUAAUUGUAACUCAACACAAACUUUAGUUAAAAUUGUUUUAUUGUUUAAGUUCAUUGUCUUCCUACACCAUACAAACAUCCAUCAUAGGUUUUCCACUGAAAAUAAAAUCCUUAUGUACAAAAAAAAAAAAAGUUGCAUUUUUCCAAACUCUUGUCCACACAUUCAUUUGAACCACAGUAACAUCAGUCACAGUACCAACAAGUGUUCUUGGAAUUUACACACGUAUGUAAAACAGAAAGUCUGCAAUGCUGUACACGAAACCCAACACAAUGAUAAAAUAAAAUUACGCUAGAAUAAACUGCAUUCUGUGAGCAACACCGUUUCAAAGUGUUGAAAUUAAAGUGUUGACCUUGUCCUCAUCACUGAACAAAUUUAAACAGUCAACUGCAAGGAAAUUUAAGAUCCAUAAAAUGAAUUUACCCGGCAGCUGUUCCAACUGCUGCAACCGUACAGUGUCCUAAUACUGAAGCUGCCAAUCAGAGUACUGAUGGUUUGUAUUUGAGCUUUAAGCACAAAUAAAACAUUUUCAAUAAGUCUAAAUUUUGAUCAAACAAAAGCACAUGCAAACAUUCUAAGUUAUAGAUAUCACACACACACAGACACACACACCAGCUGUGGUAGGUACAGCAGGUCAGAAAAUACGGGAAAAGAUGUGAAAGGACUUUUGGAAAAGGAAAAAAAAAA